UCCUUUCGUGGGGACAAAUCAUCAUCUUCCGACAUAAAAGCUGACACGUGUCACGUAAAUAAAAAAUCCAGGUCUUCCAAUGAAUAAUAAAAUCUUUUGUACCUUUCAAGGUCGGUUUAUCACAUUUCUUUCCUGGCUGCUUUCCUCAUAUUUUUUAGGACUUUAAGAGUCAAGGCUACUGCUACCAUAAAUUGAUAAAAUCAGAGGAGAACGGAGACAAAAAGACGGGAGAAGAUUUUUUUUCUUUUUCUCAGCAGUUUUUUAUAGUUGCUCUCUAGCACCCCCAGGCCUCAGGUAUGGAUAUGGUACUAACGGAAGUCUUAAGGAUUUCCCGUGUACUUUCUAGUUCAGGUGGGAAAUGUUUGGUUAGUUUUAAGUUCAAGUUUGUCGGAAUUUUAGUUGGAACUUUUGUAUGUUGGUUUUGCUGCUGAAGCGCUUUAUUUGGAAUUUGCAGGUAGAUGGAUCAAGACAUGGCUAGUAUUGCUGUCAACAAGGAGGAAGUUGUGUCAGUGGAGCUGCCUGCCCCUGCUUCUUGGAAGAAAUUGUUUAUUCCAAAAAAAGGAGGAACUCCAAGGAAGAAUGAAAUAGUGUUUGUGGCUCCUACAGGAGAGGAAAUUAGUGGUCGGAAACAGUUGGAGCAGUACCUGAAGUCCCAUCCUGGAAACCCAUCAAUUUUGGAAUUUGAUUGGAGCACGGGCGAAACUCCUAGAAGAUCAGCAAGAAUCAGUGAGAAGUUAAAGGCUACACCUCCACCCACUGAGAAAGAGCCGCCAAAAAAAAAGAGCUCGUAAAUCACUAGGAGCAAAGAAGGAUGACAAAGAGACUGAUGCUGCCAAACAGGAAACUGAGAAUAAGGGACAUGAGGAAAUGCUAGAUGCUGGGGCAACUGAGAAGAAGAGCGAGGAACCAGAGAGGGGAAAUGAUAUCAUCAGGGCAACUUUAGCUGAGGGCGAAGGUAAAGCAGAUGCUGAAGAUAGAAAGGAGCCGGACUCCACAGUGAAAGAGAAUGGUACUGUUGAAAACGGCGUAAAAGAUGUUGGAGUGCAGAAUGAGACUGAUGAUAAGAAUGCUCCCAUUGCAGUUGAAAAAGGGGAAGAGAAGCUGGAUUCUAAAGAGGUAGAGAAACCAGAGACUGAGAUUGGAAAAGAUGAUGGUGCUGAUGCUGCAGGAAAAGACAAGGCAGGAACAGCUGCUGCUGCAGCAGCAAACAAUGGAGUAGAGCAAGAGCUGCCCAACGGUGUGGCGCCUCCUGAAGCAGAACUAAAGAAGUAGAAGUGUGUGUGUGAUGGCAAGCUAAAGUUGCAGUAGAAGAUGCGCGAGUGGCGGUGAUGGAAAAUGGCAAGGUUGAACAAACGGGGCAAAGGGAAACUGCACAAUGUCCGUCUCCAGCUCCAAUUGCCUGCUGAAUGUAUAGUCUGCAUCUCGUUUAAUUUCCUGUGUCCGGUCUAACUUUUUGGACGACUAUAAUGUUAAUGUUUAUUAGUGCUUAGAUAUUAGUAGUUGGUCAGAAAAUGACUUUCUUAGUUUUCUGCGAUGCUGUGAUCCUCUUACGACUCGUGCUAUUGAGUAGAAUUAGAUUGACUGUUUACUGUUUUUUGGCUAUUCUCUACAUAGGGCUCUUAUAUAUCUUUUAUACGUUGUUGGUCUGUUUA